ACGUCACGAGGGAGUCGGUAGUGGCUCCCGGUGGAUAGCACUGCUUUUUACUACACACCAGUUAACCACAACCGACUCGACCUGAAGGUUUCGACAGCGUUGGCUUGAUGGGAUCCAGGCGAGUGACAAAGUGAUGGUCUGAGGACUCGCAUUCACAGAGGUGCUCGCGCGUGGAAUGUUGCGCUGGUCGGUGCACCUAGAAGGAGGGCCGCGGAGAGUCAACCAUGCUGCUGUGGCGGUGGGGCACAAGGUGUACUCCUUUGGGGGCUACUGCUCCGGGGAGGACUAUGAGACCCUCCGUCAGAUUGAUGUGCAUGUCUUCAACACAGUAUCUCUGCGCUGGAUGAAGUUGCCUCCGGUGAGGCUCGGAGGAGGACACGAACGUGUCCGUGAAGUGCCAUAUAUGCGUUAUGGCCACACCGCUGUGCUGCUGGAUGACAUCAUCUACCUCUGGGGGGGUCGUAACGACACAGAGGGGGCCUGCAACGUGCUUUACGCCUUCGACGUCAACACCCACAGAUGGUUCACGCCCAAGAUUUCGGGGACUGUCCCAGGGGCGAGGGACGGCCACUCCUCCUGCGUCCUGGGGAAGGCAAUGUAUAUAUUUGGAGGAUACGAGCAGCUGGCCGACUGCUUCUCCAAUGACAUCCACAAGCUGGACACCAUCGCCAUGGUUUGGUCAUUAAUUAAUGCCAGAGGCACUCCGGCGCGCUGGAGGGACUUCCACUCGGCCACCAUCAUUGGGACAAAGAUGUUUGUGUUUGGAGGGCGGGCGGACCGCUUCGGUCCCUUCCACUCCAACAACGAGAUCUACUGCAACAAGAUCAAAGUGUUCGAUACACAGACCAACUGCUGGCUGAGCACGCCUUCAACACAGCCAUUGCCAGAUGGACGCAGGAGCCAUUCAGCCUUUUCCUACAAUGGGGAGCUGUAUAUAUUUGGAGGAUACAACGCCCGUCUGGACCGGCACUUCAACGACCUCUGGAAAUUCAAUCCAGAAGCCUUUUCCUGGACGAAGGUAGAGCCGAAGGGGAAAGGCCCGUGUCCGCGGAGACGGCAGUGCUGUUGUAUGGUUGGAGAUCGAAUCAUCCUCUUUGGAGGAACCAGCCCCUGUCCAGAGCAAGGAAUGGGUGACGAAUUUAACCUCAUGGAUCAUUCAGACCUGUAUAUCUUAGACUUCAGCCCUAAUUUGAAGACGUUAUGCAAAAUGGCUGUUAUUCAAUACAGUCUGGAGCAGUCAGGACUCCCACAUGAUAUCAGGUGGGAACUGGCAGCCAUGACCACCAACAGCAACAUCAGCAGGCCCAUCUUCUCCUCCCACGGCUGACCCCGCUGAAUGUGACGCAGAACCAGGACGGCUCGCUCUGUUUCAGGACACCGAGCUUUUAUCUUUCUACUCAGCUGAGCUCCGACGGACUGUUUCUGUUUUUGUAGAGGUUGGACCUGUACGGGAUUUUGUUUUCCACGUUCGCUUCAAGUGAAUACUCGUUGACGACCAAAAUAUCCAGCUCGCGACUUCCUCGGACGCCGUGAGCGCUCUCGCGCCUACGGAUAUUGUAACGCUGGUUAUGUGUGACAAACUGUUAACACCCGGUCACCUUUUUGUCUUCUUUCUAGCCUCUCUAGAAAUCCAAUCAGCCUAUGAUAAUCAUAGACUUCUAAUCAUACGCACAGGAAGAGACAAGGACUUCAGCCAAAGGUCUUGAGAAGUGAACUCUUUGUUGAGGAUGUCGUGCCGAUCUCCCCUAAAAGACAAAUGUGAACGCUGUGUUCUUGCUCUUAAGAGACUGAGAUAAUCACGAGUUUGUGUGUCUUGCAGCUCCAGCGUGGUCAUGAAGCCAUGGGAAACUAGCACGGCCAUUUGCAGAAAAUCAAGCAAUGUGGAGAGGAACGUGGCUAACUUAUUACUUUGGUGUUAAAUGCAAAGGAGCGUGAGUAUUGGGGUAUGUAGUGUUACGCUUGUGAAAGGUUCUGUUUGACUGACUUUCAAUGCUCACCUUUUACCCGACUUCAUCACAACCUCCUGCUCUCAAGCGUCUCAAAGAUGAUUUGCAGAGCGACUGAAAUGAGCCGUUUGUCUGCCUUGUAAAACAAUCAAGUUCAUCUACCUCCCUCAAUAGCGUGUGUCAUUGAGUCUUUGGUAAGACUUUCCCCAUACAUUAGACAUCCCCCCCCGAAAAAAAAGAAGCCUUUUUUCAUCCGUAUUUGCGGUCGUCUGUCGUAUUCUUCCAAGGAAUGUCGUAGCGUCGCCGGAAGAGUGCGACUCGCCUGCCCCUUUACCUCGCAGUUUUGUUUUUUUCAGUGCCAAACGUAGAGGGGAAUCAUGAUGCGGAUAUAUACUGUGUAUGUGUGUGAGCACGUGGUCCCGUCUACACAUGACCCUGUCCCCCCACCCCCCUGCUCCAGAGAUGGUCACUAAUAUGCACCAUGUAGUUGUUCCUCUUACAGACAAUCCUGCAGCGAUCAGACUCUCCUCGUGACCCCCCUCCUUCGCGGUGCGGUGAAAAUAACAGGAAAGUGUGUGUGUGUGUGUGUGUGUGUGUGUGUGUGUGUGUGUGUGUGUGUGUGUGUGUGUGUGUGUGUGUGUGUGUUCGAGUGCGAGCAAAGCUAAACCUGAGCAGAUGUUAUAAAGGGCUGUUAUUAGAAUACACACUCGCCACACAGCUGGAAAGUGACUUGGGAGAGCUCAAAUUGGGGAUGUUUAUUCAGGGUGUGUGUUUUUAUUCUAAGCUCACAUUUUAGAACAAAACUUUGGAAACACAGUAGUGGUGGAGGUGGCGGUCUUUUUAAAAAAAAAAAAAAAAAAAAAGCUUUUAUCUCCACUUACUUUAGUUAAAUGAUAAGGUUGGUGAUAUUCUAUAGUUUUGAGGAAGUCAACAAAUCCCAUAAACAGACCUACAAUGUCUCAACAUUUCUGAACCUCCGUCCGUGGCUCUUAUGUGUUCAUACUCAACGGAACGGUUCAUUCAUUUCCCUAAAACAAAUGUUCACAUUUACAGGAGUGAAUACAGCAUUUUGUUGAGGACGUAUUUUCAGUCGAGGUACCGCAGCAGGACGGUGUAUUUAGGAUCGACUCAAAGCAAACUAAAGUGGCCAUGUUCAUUAUGAAGAAACGUGUCUCCCGGUCCAAUGCUGUGGCUCAUUUAUAUGUUUUAGGGCAACAGUUGAAGUGUGUGGAGGGAGAUGUCUCAGGCUUUGAAAACACAGACGAAACUUGCUGGAUCAAUUGGUCUUUUUAAGGGAUUUAGAAAAAUACAGAGUAUCACCAAACGUAUCCUUUGAAUGUUAUAAGUAAUAAUAAUAAGUAAUAGGGCAUGACAUUGAAAUGAAUGACUUGGUGAGGAUGAAUACACGGGCAAAAGGAGUUUUAUUUAUAUUGCCUAUUUGUUUUGAUGUGAAUAGGAACUGUUACACCACCCACUUGUGAGCUGCAUCGAUGCUGUUCAGUCUGGUCUCUGGGGCCGCGUUUUCUGUCCGGCCGAAUACUCAGAAUUGAAUCUGUAUCGGGCUCUGAUUAGCUGGCUAGAAAUGAAACCCCGCAGGUCUCCGGGUCCCAAACAUCAGGACUGGAUAACACUGACCUACAUGGUAAAUGUUUACAAAUCUGUGUGUUUCAUGUGAAGCAGUGUAAACAAUCUUAAACGCAGGUCGAAGUCACCAAAUAACUGCACUAAAGCCAAACCGUGGCAUGACGGGCCUUACAGAGAGGAGCCAUGCCGAUGCUGCUUUUUGCCUACGUAGUGUUCCAGAGUUUGAGACGUUCGUCUGCCCGAAAACAAGUCUGCAUUUUGUUUCUAGACCGGCGGUGCCAAUGCGACUCGUGCCCUGUACACAAGCGUGGACGUAUCGCACACCUCGAUACCCCUCAGUACCCCGGUUACUCAGACGACACAUCCGCUAGUGCAGUGAAACCACAGGAGAGCUAAUCGUGUGUUCACGAAAAUACAAUAAAUAGUGGUGAACAAAUCAAGCUCUUUAAUGGCCAUCGGCAAACACAUUUUUUUUUUUUUUCUUUCUUCUAAUGUGUGGCGUGGAAGUCAUUUUUAUUUGGUCCUUGUUGCGUGUGAAGAUUAUCGGUGAUGGUAUUUACAGUCGAGAGCAUUUCAGGAAUGUGACGAAGUAAAUAUUAAGUAAGUGGCAAUGAUGACUGGACACUAUGGUCAAAAAUACAAUACCUGCACAACAAAUCUCCUCAGUGAUGGUCACUCAAGUAAGGCUGUUGAUGACGAGGGGAUUUAGCCUUAGACAUAUUGCCGUUGCGUUUUAAAUUGCAGUGAUUUUAAACUGCCGUUAUUUCUCAUUUGACUUUGUGAGGAGGCUUCAGCAAACAGUAACUCGGCAGGGUGACAGUAUUUGCCAACCUAGAAGAAAAAAACCCCUACUUCUGUCAACGGAAGGGCAUCAUUAAAUUAGAGCGCACACUCAUAAAGUUAUUGUGUGAGCAGUCAUUAUUUGGCGAGCAGACAGAAGUACGUGACCAAACUGAUUUCAUGCUGAGAAGUGUGUUCUGUAUUUAGGGCUCAUAGUAUCUGGUUGUAAUAAUUCAUAAACAAAGAAUGCGUGGAGAAAAAAAAGAGAACAAAGUAUGGAGUGUAUUUGGAUUCGUUUUACAACUGUGCAGGCUCCCUAUGCUUAUUGUUUUUAUUUUAUAUUUGUCACCGUUUUCAGAGGGGACUGUCAAGGUUGGUCAGGACUUCCUGUGCAAUAUGCUUUAUUACUGUAUCAAUAAUAAAUCUGAGACAAUUUGA